AUGCGGUACGACAACUUCCCCGACCACAGCGCUGCCUUGCCUGAGGUCACAUCAACGUGGUCAUAUCACAGAAGGUCGUCGCGUCGGGGAGCUGAAGAAAUUAACGACGAGUCUGCUGUUAGUUCAGAAGGAGAGAAGGAAUUUCUGAAGGUGAAAAAGCGGAAACAUAAGAAAAUAAGAGCCACGUCCCAGGAGAAUCAUCACUGGUGGUAUGCCUUUGCCGUUGUGACUCUCCUGGCCGUAGCGACUCGUCAGGUCGGGCUAGAUCUACCUGCAGGAACAGUCUGGGAUGAAGUACAUUUUGGAACUUUCGCCAAUCACUACAUCAAUAGAACAUUCUACCACGAUGUCCACCCGCCGUUAGGAAAGAUGAUGGUCGCGGGCGCAGCGUGGCUGACCGGAUACCAGGCCACUUUUGAGUUCGCAGUUGGCAAGGACUACACGCCAGAUAUCAACUUUGUGGGGAUGAGAGGGGUGAGUUUGUGA